AUAGAUUUGUUGGUCAUGUAAUGCAUUGCACGUGAGUUGACUUUACAGUUAACUUAACUUUUUGUUUCACGUGUUGACCAGUGUUUCCAUUUGAAGACAUUUGUCGUCAUUUUCAGACAUUAACCAUAUUUUAGGUGACAAUUAUACCAGUGUUUAGACAGUCAUGUCAGACAAUGAUCCCAGAGAUGAACAGAUGAGGAAAGAUAGCAUUGAUUUUUUCAUAUCACUGGUAAAGUAUAAGAUUGAGUCCAAGAAGUCGAGCCGUCCGUCAAAUUUUGGAGGUCAUAUCGGGCGUCAUAUGAGGAAAGAUCUGAGGGAUUGGUUUCUUAACAAAUAUCCAAAUCCUCCGGAUUUCGUAAAAUUCUUUCACGAAAACAAUCACAUCUUUAAAUAUGACGGCAAUACCGGCGAUAUUCUGCUUAAGACACCACAAAAACGAUCUGAACGAUCAAAACAACCGAAACCGGAUCCGUUGGUUUGUCAGACCAAUUCACACAACCAAACCAUUAACACUUCGACUGUGAAGAUCAAUAACUCAUGCAAUAAUCAAUUGGAUGAGUGUUGUCAUCAUUACUCGCAAAUGAUGGAUGAAAAUCCAAAGAUUUCGGUGAUUGAAUUCCGAAAGUUGACCGAAGAUCACAAAUUGUGUCUAUUGUUGACAAUGAUUGGCAAUUUGCACACCGAAUUCAAAGCCAGAUUUGCCCGAAUGACUACAACCGAUGCCAUCAUUCAAACUUUGAGUACCGGUUGUGUCCAUCCCCGUCAUAACAGUCAACCGUUUGGCGAUAAUUAAUUGAAACCACAUUUAUGUAAAUUACGGUUUAUAUUUUAAACAGUGUCUUAAUUUCAUUU